AUGCAGCUCCUGACAUUCCUCACCCUGUGCCUCUGGGCAGGGCUCAGCACUGCUGUCAUCCCAGCGGAGGAGGAGAAUCCAUCCUUCUGGAACAAGCAAGCGGCCUUCAAAAUCAAGCCCCGGAUAGGCCAAGCCGAAAACCUCAUCCUCUUCCUUGGGGAUGGAUUCGGAAUCCCCACCAUCACAGCCACCCGCAUCCUAAAGGGGCAGCUGCAGGGGAAGCUGGGCCCUGAGACCCCUCUUGCCCUGGAUGCUUUCCCCUAUGUGGCUCUCUCCAAGACGUACAACGUGGACCGGCAGGGCGCCACGCACGCGGGUCGCCACUCGCAGUGCAGCACCACGAAAGGCAACGAGGUGAUCUCAGUGCUGGAGCGAGCCCGCAAAGCUGGGAAGUCAGUGGGCAUCGUGACGUCAACACGGGUGCAGCACGCGUCGCCCUCGGGGACGUACGCCCACGUGGUGAACCGCGAGUGGUACGGGGAUGCCAGCAUGCCCAGGGACGCCAUACAGCAGGGCUGCAAGGACAUCGCCUGGCAGCUGGUCCACAACAAUGUGAUCCUGGGGGGUGGUCGGAAAUACAUGACCCCUGUGGGAACGCCAGACCCUGAGUAUCCCACUAACAGCAAUGAGACUGGGACACGUAAGGAUGGGAAAAACCUCAUCGAUAUGUGGCUGGAAGCAAGACCGGGUGCCCGCUACGUCUGGAACAAGACAGAGAUGCUGGCUGCUGCUGCUGACCCCAGCGUGAAUUAUUUGAUGGGUCUCUUUGAACCUGGGGACAUGAAGUACAGCCUGAGGCGUAACACCACCCUGGACCCAUCGCUCACUGAGAUGAUGGAAGCAGCCAUCACCAUCCUGAGCAGGAACCCCAAAGGCUUCUACCUCUUUGUGGAAGGUGGCAGAAUCGACCACGGCCACCACGAUGGUGCAGCCCAUAAGGCACUGACGGAGGCAGUGGAGUUCGACAAGGCCAUUGAGAGGGCAGGCAGCCUGACAGACGAGGCCAAGACCCUCACCGUCGUCACUGCUGACCACUCGCAUGUCUUCUCCUUUGGUGGCUACACCCUGCGCGGCUCUUCCAUCUUCGGUCUGGCCCCCAAGAAAGCCAGUGACGAGAAGAACUACACGUCCAUCCUCUAUGGGAAUGGACCAGGCUACGUGGGCCCUGGCCGGCCUGACGUGGACAGCACCACAGCUGGGCAUUUCGACUACCUUCAGCAGGCGGCCGUGCCCCUCAGCUCAGAGACCCAUGGUGGUGAGGAUGUGGCCAUCCUGGCUAAGGGCCCCAUGGCCCACCUGUUCCACGGGGUGCAGGAACAGACCUACGUGGCCCAUGUCAUGGCCUAUGCCGCCUGCCUCGAGCCCUACACUGACUGCCGCCUGGGCAGCUCUGCCCCUGGCACCCAUGCCAGCCUCCUGGCCCUGCUCCUGCCCACCCUCCUCCUGCCCCUCUUCCACUAA